ACACGAAACUGAGAAAAAGAGUCAAGAGACAGAGAGAGAGAGAGAGAGAGUGAAACCCAAGAACCUCACUGAAAGAGCAAGGAAUCAAUCAAAAUGCAGAGCGAAUUUUAGAGAGAGGGAGAGAGAUGCUCAAAUGCAGGAAGAGAAGGAAGGAGCUAAAUGUUGCUCAUUGGUCAACGCGCAUUCCAACUCUCUCUCUCUGUCUGAAAAACCCAAAAUUUUCUCUCGCUUUCUCCAGCUCCAAACAGAACUUAUGCUCUCUAAGCUCUUAGUCGUUGCCGAUCAAUGUUAUUUUUCCAAUUUUCGUGAAUAUUUCCGUACUUUUAGCUUCUCCAUUUUGGAUAGAGUGAGGGUUUCGCUUUACGUGCUUUGAGGUUUCUUCAGGAACUUUGUGCGUUUUGUAGCUACAGAGUGUAAUUACGGUUAGGGUUUCUCUCUGUUGAAUUGGAAAUCCAAACUGAACUUUGCCCUGAUUGAAAUUUGGAGGGAGAGUUCAAAAAUAUUUAAGCUUAGGGACUCGGCUCUUCUUGAAAAUGUAUUGUGCGUUUUCAUUGAUGGGUUUUGAUCAAGUUAAAGGGGUGUAUCUUUUAGGUAUGUGGAGAAUGGAUUUUUGGAUAUGGAGAGAAAACCCCCAAUUUAGCUAGGGUUUUGGUUAAAAAGAAAGUGGAAGUUGGUGGAGCAUUGUGUAUGGAUUCUGUUUUAUGAGAAAUGAAACCACCGCCACAUCAGCAUUCGCGGAUCAAUCUCGCAGAUAUCAAAGCUCAAAUAGUUAAGAGACUUGGGCCGGGGAGGUCGAAACAAUAUUUUUAUUAUUUAAGCAGAUUGUUGAGUUUAAAGCUAAGCAAGGUAGAGUUUAAUAAGCUUUGUUUUCAAGUUUUAGGGCCAGAAAAUGUUCCACUCCAUAAUCAGUUUAUUCGGUCAAUUUUGAAAAAUGCUUGUCAUGCAAAAGUUCCACCGGCACCAACUCCUGAGAAGGAAAUUCAGACAUUUGCUAGUGAUGGGAAUCAGCCAAGUGUGCUCUACCCUUUACUGAAUGGGGCUGUUUUUCCAUCCUCACCUCCAAAGGCAAGGUCGGAAAUUCUUGUUGGGUCAAUUGGGAAGGUGGGUUUUGCUUCCCCUCAAUCAACAGUUAGUGGUGAUAAUGCGAUAUUAGAAGACAGGGAUUGUCAUAUAUGGAAGUCAGUGCAGCAGCAUCAGAGACUCAGAGAAACAGCAGAUAGUGAAGGAGAGGUUUUGCUUUCCCACUCUACUAAAUUGAAUCUAAUAAAGGGAUCAACAGAUAGUGUAGUUUCUGUACAUAGUAAAGACCAGAAGGAAGUAUUAGUUGUUGAAGAUGGAAAAGAAGUAUUCAGUAGAAGUGCACUCCAGGCCCCACUUGGGAUACCGUUUAGCUCUGUUAGUGUGGGUAGGGUCUGCAGAGCUUUUCCUUCAGCAAGCAUUGAUAGAUGCACUAGCUCAUAUGAUAGUGGUGGAUUGCUUGAAACCAAUGCACUUAGGGAACGGAUGCAGCUCAUUGCUGCAGCACGGGGCCUUGAAGGGGUGUCAGUGGAAUGUGCCAAUUUGUUGAAUAGUGGGUUGGAUGCUUACAUAAAAGGGUUGAUCAAGUACUGCAUUGAAUUUGUUGGGGCUAGAUGUGGACGUGACUUGUCAAAGAGCAGUAUCUACAAGCACCAGUUUCAUAAGAAGCUUGUUACUGGUGUCUUGCCAGGUCUUCAUUUUCAGUCGCAAUGUACCAAUAGGCCUUUGGAAGGCAUCCAAGAGCAGGGACAGCAUUUUCUGGUUUCAUUGCUAGAUUUCCAGGUGGCAAUGGAGCUGAACCCACAGCAGCUUGGAAAAGACUGGCCAUUGCUGCUGGAGAAAAUAUGUACACAGGCAUCUGAGGAAUAGUAUUUCUGGAGCAAACAUUUCUCCCAUAUGUGAUUGAUUUAGUUACUGACUGGUGUGAAUGGUGAUAAAGGUCUGACAGCUCUGCUUGGGCAUCAUGAUAAAACUCUGCCCGUAACAAGUUGAUUGGAAUCAUCACAGGAUUGUUCUCCUUCUUUAAACAUUGCUCUUGAUCUCAACUACCACAUUUAACUGCAACCAGUCAGAAGGGAGUCGAAUAAUAACCCCCCCUGUUUUGUUGCCCUGUUGUAUCCUUAGCAAAGUUUUGUUUGUUCCAGCAUAUCUUCAGCGUUUUUUGUAAAUUACAGCCAUUGAGAAGAUACUUUUAGAACAGUUUUGAAGGAAUAAUAUGUCUAGCUCAGUAGGUAGGUAAAACUAUAUCAUGUAAAAGUUCUUGUGUGUGUAUUUCAGAAUUUAGAAUUGGUUGGAUUCUUGAAUUAACAUCACAUUCUCAAAAUAUUUUUCUUGAUGAGUUAAGAAAUUGCUUUACAAUUUCAGUUAAGUUAUAUAUAUUAUUUUGAGGACAAAGCAUGGGUUUUAUGCUAUACCAGUCUUUAGCAUGUAUUCAACUCAACUCAAUUAAUACCUAAUCCCAGCUAAUUAGGUAGGCUUAAUUGAUAGAUGCCACUAGUAUGUCCUCUUGGCCAUCUAAGUGACGAUGUCUGAAUGAGCAUCCACCGGAAGACGAGCAUUUAUACUAUGAUAAUUGGCAAUCAUGAUAUUCUCAAUGAUUUCUGUUAGCAAAAUCUAAUGUUCUGUUGUUGGCUUGGUCCCCAGUCACGGGCAUAUUUUAGUGACAAUUAUCUGGUUUUCAAACGCCAAUCAAAUAAUUAUGUAUUUGGGGUUUUGGACUUUAAAUUCAAUUUAAAUAUAAUGGUAGUGUCAUUGUGCUGGUUCCACCUUGUGAUUACCCAAGAGCAGGCUAGUGACUUCAGAAUGGAGCCUCAUGUUGUGAAGAGAAUCAUCAUUUGUGGAGAGAUUUGGGAUGCAAUUGCUCAAGUACGCUAUAUGUGUAGUAGUUUGGGAUCUCACCCUAGCUAACAGGAAGCCAACAUGUGUAGAUAUGGGAUGCAAUAAUUUGGUUGGUUACUUGGUUAUCGCUUAUCAAAAACAUUAUGGCUGAUUACCUGUUAAUAUUCUAAAUGCAGGUGAGAGAAACUGGUUCAGAAACUGUACAAAAUUACCAAUCAGAAAUCAGAAAGAAAAUGAAUUUAGAACGAUGAAAUGAAAAUUUUCCAUGUAUGUUUCCUUUGGAUGUGCUGUCAUCAUAGCUGGGGAAUCUCUUCAUAAUAAACUAGUGUAGGGUAUUUAUUAGCUCACCAUAGCCUACUGAUUUUAUAUUGUCUUUUAUAUAUCUUUACUAAUCUGCAAUUUUUGAAUAAUCCAAGAAAUUCAGUUCGUUAUGGAGUUGACUUCCAUAUCAGAUGUUUCCUUUACCCUUAUUUGACUGAAUUAUCACCUCUAAGAAAACUUAUGAGCAUCUUUAACAUUUGGUCAUUGGUUUGUUGUUAAAGUCCUCAUGGACUUGGAAGUUUAUGCUGGUGAGUUGAAUAACUGGGAGGCAAGAGUGGUUGGCUAUGAAUGGUAGUACAGUCUUGAUUGUGACUCUAGCACUCAGACAUUGUUAUCAAAUAUUUAUGUACUGUUAGUUUAAAGAAUGUGCUGGUGAAUUUAAGUUUUGUAUUAUCUUUAAGUUAAUUAAGAGGCUUAAGCAUGCAUAUGAUUUCUAAGUAGAGACAAUUGGAGAAUAUUCAAUUUUCUUAAGUUGCUAAAGUGGAUUUGGUUAGUUCUGCUUGAGUUCAAGAAAAGUAUAUGAAUCACUGUUGAGAGCUGGAUUAGAUUUAUUGUGAGACAUAAGAUUGAUCCCAUUGGACUUGCAAACAAAUAUUGUCUCAUCGUUUACCUCUCUUUUAAGCAUCCUGACUGCACACACCAAAAGUUAUGAUUAAUCUCCUCCAAAUUUUAGGUUGUGCUUAUGUUGAUUGGCUGUGACCCAUACAGUCUGGGACUCUGCGAAUGAUUUCAGUAUCACCAGCAUGUAUAGUAAUCAACAUUUUUCAUUUGCUGUGCUGCUUGUUUGUUAUAUUUUUAGCACAUUAUUAUCCUCUAAUCCUUUAUAU